GCUGAUUUACACCAAAACCAAAAACCAGAGUCCUCUCUCUCUCUCUCUCAUUCUCCGGUCUUUGUCUCUCUUCUUCCUCGCAUUUGCUUUCUCUCUCUUCUCAUCGUUGUGAGCUCCAGAGAUCGCACAGGGCGAUCCGAGUUCUGUAAUUCGAUUCUGUUUGUUGCAGGAUCAUCUUGCCAAGUUCCUCAGAUUCAACUUAAUUUUUUCCUUGAAUUUCAAAUAAAAUAUUUAUCCUUGUUUUUCCCCUGAAAGCUUAUUAUUUCCUGGAUCCUGAUUGAUUCUGGAGUAAUUAUUGUCUGGUUUUUGUUGGUUUUCUAUUUCUAAAAAGCGGUUCUGGAAAAUUCUGGUGUAUAUGUAUAGCGUUGUUGGUGAAGUCAAGAGCGGCUUUGGAGGAGUGUUUGAAGGAGGUUUUUGAUGAUUUCUGUUGGGGAAAGGGAUGGGAGGAAGGGACUAAGUGUUGGAAGAGAGAUGGAAGAACUUGAGCUUGAAGAAGGGGAGGCUUGCUAUUAUGACAAUAAUAAUGGCUGUGACGAUGAUUCAAUCAUUGACCCUGAUAUUGCUCUCUCCUACAUAGACGACAAACUUCAAGAUGUUUUAGGACAUUUCCAAAAGGAUUUUGAAGGAGGAGUUUCAGCUGAGAACCUGGGGUCAAAAUUUGGUGGGUAUGGUUCAUUUUUACCAACUUAUCAGCGGUCUCCUGCAAUUGAUCUGAGGAAUCCACCAGAAGUCCACAACAAUAACAGACCACAAUCCCCCAACACUACGCACUUUGAGGGUGGUAGGCAAAAUUCAUUAGUUUCAUCAAGGUCCAGUGCCACUUCCACAAAUUCUUUGUUGGUACCUGCAACUAGGGUUGCUACAGCUAAUCCAGAAAUCAACAUAUGCAUACCUCCCACUCGGGCUGAAGAAUCUACUUCAAUAUGUAAAACUCUCAAGAAGCCUGCAGAUCCUCCUGACCAGAAAAGUCUGAAAGUGCGCAUCAGAGUUGGGUCUGAAAAUCUGUCGACCACAACAAAUGCUGAGCUCUAUAGUGGACUUGGCCUUGAUGUUUCUCCAUCGUCAUCCUUGGAUAAUAGUCCCUCAGACAGUGAAGGUUUAUCUCAUGACCUUCAGGAUGCCCCAGAUGAAUCCCCUACAAGCAUCCUUCAGAUUAUGACCUCAUUUCCAAUGCAUGGAAGCUUACUGCUAUCUCCUCUUUCUGAUGAUUUGAUUCAUUUGAUGGAAAAAGAUUGGCCUUUUGGAAAAAGUGGAUCUAAACCUGUGCAUAAAACAAGCUCUGAAACUUCUGAUAGCACUAGGGGAAGUAGGAAAGUCUUGAGUGAGAAAAAACGCAAGUCAUAUGAGAAAGAUGUCAUAGGAAAUGGCUAUAGCAGUGACAUGCAGAAUUAUGUAGGAGUACCUUCUAAGGAGAUUGAUGUUAAUACCUUGGCUUGUGAAGAACUAGUAUCUAAAGCUUUGAAGCUCCCUCUUCUCUCUAAUUCAUUUAGUGAUGUUCCUUAUCCUGCAAGUCAUUCCAAGUCAAUUGAUAAUUUGGCGACCAAUAUUCAAGGUAUGGUGAAAGAAGAAUCCUUUGAUCACACAGCCAAGGAAGAUUUAGAGCUUGUUUCUGCUACAGAGAAUGAUGGGAUGGAGAAAUCCAAUGGAAUAAUUAGUUCUUCUGGAGGGGUUUUGGAAAGUGAAAAAACAAACCAUUUUGACUGUGGUGUAGGAUUUCCAAGGAAAGAAGGCAACAAAAGCAGGGAACAAUCUGAUGUUUCAGCCAAUACUGAGCAUAACAAAGGUAGAAAAACUCAUAAUAUUGAUGCCUCAGGUGUUUCAAAACCAUCAAUUGGUCCAAAGUUCACAUCGAAAAAUGAGGCUGGUGUGAGACUGGCAAAGGAACAAGUCUCAUCCGGUGGCAAAAAGAAACAUAAAGGGACUCAGAUUCAUGGUGCCCAUGGGGGAAAGGUACUGAAUGAUGGCUUGGUAACUGAUUCUUCUUUGGGACAUAAGAUUAAAAAGAGCUCUUCUAGGGACACAAAUACAUCUAGAAGUGACUCAAAGGGUUUCAAGAACCAUUUUAAAGCUAGAGAUGCAUACGCUGAGUUAUUUGGGAACCUAGAAGCUGAGGAAGAAGAUGAUAAAAUUGGUUCAGAGAAAACACAUUCAUUGGAACUGUUGAAGGAUUCUGAUGCUAUUUAUGAGAAUAACAAGGUAGAAUGUAAUGAUACAAUGAAAGUGAGAUCUAAUGCUUCAAAAGUAGAAAAGCCAUGUGCACUGACAGAGCAUCCUAGAUUAGGUUCAAACAUGAAAACCGUCACUGGAACUGAACUCAAUCCUUCUCAUGCUCCAAUAGCAGAGGGUCCUGUACUUAAAGAAGAUUGGGUAAUGUGCGACAAGUGUCAGACAUGGCGUCUACUUCCACUUGGCACAGAUCCUAGAAGCCUCCCUAAGAAAUGGCUUUGUAAAAUGCUUCACUGGCUGCCUGGGUUGAACCGUUGUGGUAUCAGUGAGGAAGAGACAACGAAGGCUUUGAGAGCCCUGUACCAGUUCCCUACUUCUGCCAUUGCUGUCUCUGCUUCUGAAACACGGACAAAUAAUCAGCACCAAUAUCCUGAUAGGAAGCUUUUAGGAGUUGCUUCAGUUGAUGCUUUUCACCCAGGCUUGGAGAACAGAACUCUUGGUAUACAAGUUGCAGAUGCUAGUGGGAAGAAGAAAUAUGGAUCAAAAGAUCCUACAGAUGAAUGCAAACAAGCAGGCCUAGUGCAGUGUUCAAGUAAAAUCAAUAACUUUCAGGAAACCUCAAAUAAUAUAGGCUUAAAUGACAGCAUCCAAUCCCCUUCGGGUGAUAAUGGGCAUAAAAAAUAUUCCAGACAAUCAAGUACCUCAGUUAAGGAGAAGCAAAGAAAUAAACUGAAAGAGAGAAAAAGGUUGCUUGGCAGCAUCUCUUCUGAUGGAGGUGCAAAAAAUGCAAAGAUGAAGAACAAGCCAGAGACCAAUUUAGAUAAUUCUAGAGCCUCUAAGAAGGUAAAAAGAGAUGGCUUAUAUCAUGACGAUGAACAUUGGAGCACUGCAGGGGAGAAUGCAGGGCAUAGCUCAAGCAAUGGUAUGGCACCGAUUGCGUCAAUGAAGGAUCGACAUAAAUAUAAGUUUAAAGAUUCAAAAACUUCAGAUAAAAGUCCCUUGAUCCAUAAUCCAGUUAGUUCUAGUGAUGGAUCACUACAUGCUGGCAAGUGUAACAGUAAAGACUCUUCUAAGAGGAGGAGGAAGGGGAAUGGGUAUCACCAUUCAGAGGCUAACAGUAGGUCAUUUCCUGGUUUAGGAUGCAACUCUCAAGAUUCUGUUGGUUUGCUUGAAGAAACUUGUGAAAAUGGCCAAAGAAAAGAAAAGAGAGCAAGGGUAUCCAAAUCUGAGGUGAAAGAUUCUAGUGGAAACAAAGCCAAUGAAGGAAAAGACGAAAGGGUUAGAAAUAAGGACCAGCAAAUAGGGCAGUAUCUGGAUUGCACUCAGUCUCAGCAAACCAUAGAUGCUAUGGAUUCUUCAAAAAGGCAUUUGGGCACUCUCCAGCCUUCCAUGGCUGCCACUUCAAGUUCUUCUAAAGUUUCUGGUUCACAAAGAAACAAAAGCAAUCUCCAGGAACUGAGGGCUUCUCCUGUAGAGUCAGUGUCUUCAUCUCCUCUAAGGAUUCCUACUGCAGAUAAAUUCACCUCAACAAGAAGAAAUGAUUGUCAGGAUGCAGGAUUAUUAUCCAUGCUUACUCCUCGGAGAUCUUCAGAUGGGGAAAAUGAUGGGGGCAGUGAUCAAUCUGGAAUGAUUAAGAAGGGUGAAACUUUGAAUGCUGGGCAUAAUGGUUCUCUUGAUUGCCAGGAAGCAGAUUUGGGUCAUAUAUCAUGUGUUAAAGUGAGCCGAGGCACUGCACCUUCUCCUGUUAUUGCAAAGCAUGAUGAAAAUGUGGCUGUAGAACCCUUGCCUCAAUGUGACCAGUAUGAUUCCAAAACACAGAAUUUGGAACGAGGCCAAGACAAGGGAAGAAGGAAUGAUGGUCUUCAUGGUAAUAGUGGAAUUGUCGUGAAGAAGUCUGGGAAGGGUUCCUCUUCUAAACCUAAAGACAAGAAUAGGAGUUACAGAUCUGAUUUUGACAGAUCUACUGUCAAUGAACCUUUAGAUCAAAUGCCUUCUUCUGGGGAAAAGUUAAAGCCCGGACAGAACAAAUUCCAUGAGAGAACUGUUAAUCAUUCGGAUAGCAAUUCUGUGAAAGAUCCUACUGAAAGAUUAUUGAAUGAGAGCACUAAAGAUGAAAUUCACUCAAAGCUUUCUGACAAUAAUGGUAGAGAUGUUAGAAUAGGCAUUAUUUCUGGACUGGAUAAGGGGCAAGCUCUGCUUCCAAAUCAAGAUGAUGGAAGAUUGACUAAGAAGCCUGUUUCUGACAAAACAAAUGGGGUUCCUACCUCUGGGAGAGGGAAGUCACUCUUACCAUUACCUGCUAGAAGCCAAAAUGAGACAGCAGCAUGUCUACAGUCAAUUCCUGGGUCUCAAAAAGAAGCUACAAAUUUGUCAGUUGAUGAUUUUGAAGAUAAUGCUUCAAGGGAUAAACAUGGUAAGAAAGGUCAGAGCCAGAGUAGGGACCUACCUAGUACAAGACACUCCACUGCAAUGUUAACCAAAGUUCGUGAUCUUGAUGCUCCUUCUCCAGUUCGUAAGGAUUCCUCCAAUCAAGCUGCUUCAAAUGCUGUAAAAGAAGCGACAAACCUUAAACACAUGGCUGAUCGUCUAAAGAAUUCUGGAUCAAGUGACAGCACGGGUCUUUAUUUUGAGGCUGCGUUAAAGUUUCUCACAGGAGCAGCUUUAUUUGAAUCAUGCAACAAUGAUAGUGCGAAGCACAAUGAGAUGACUCAGUCGGGCCAAAUUUAUAGUAGCACUGCAAAACUCUGCGAGUUUUGUGCCCAUGAAUUUGAAAGAUCCAAGGACAUGGCUGCUGCUGCACUUGCAUACAAAUGCAUGGAGGUUGCAUACAUGCGUGUAAUUUAUUCCUCGCAUUCCAAUGCAAACAGAUAUAGAAAUGAGUUACAGGCAGCUUUGCAAAUAUUUCCUCCAGGCGAAUCUCCUUCCUCUUCUGCCUCUGAUGUUGACAAUUUGAACAAUCCAUCAGCUGUAGACAAGGGUGGCUUGGCCAAAGGUGUUGGAUCUCCUCAAGUGACUGGAGCUCAUGUUAUGACAACAAGAAAUCGUUCCAAUUUCUCACGGCUUCUGAUUUUUGCACAGGAGGUUAGUUUUGCAAUGGAAGCCUCCAGGAGAUCAAGGGCUGCUUUUGCAGCUGCAAAUUCAAAAACAGGAGAUGAUAAAUGCAAAGAGGGUAUCUUAUCUGUUAAAAGGGCACUUGAUUUCAACUUUCAGGAUGUGGAAGGAUUACUGCGCCUUGUGCGCAUUGCGAUGGACAAGAUCAAACCGGUAAAGUGUUAACUUGGAAGUGACUCCACUCUACUGUCAAUUGAGGAAGAGCAUAGCAGGGGAUCACUUUGAGAACAUUAUAGACUCCCUUUGAAUGAUAAGAUCCAUCUCUUCACUGCCCUUGUACAUCUGUACAGUAAUAGUGUUACUAUGAUAUUCUUUAAGGCUGCUGUGGGUUCCUCCUGAAUUGAAUAAGGAUCCUGGAGGGACUAAUGUCACCCUGGCAGAAACUACUAACGUUGCCAAGCUCUCAGUUAGGUUACUGAUCCUACUAACUUCUAGUUCCAGUCCAACAGCUGUGUGGCAGGCGUCAAGGGUUGAGUCUGAGGUGAAGUCAUGAGAGAACUUGUAAUAUUUUGGAUAACAUUUCUGUGAAAGAUUAUUGAAUGCGAGCACCAAGAAGAAAUUCACUCAAAACUGUGCUGACAAUAAUGAGAGAUGUUAGAGUAGACAUUAUACCUGGACUGGUCAAGGAGCAGGCUCUACAGUUCAACCUCUGUGAGAGGGAAAUCACUUUUACCAUGGCACUACCUACUAGAAGUCAAAAUGAGACAGUAGCAUACCCUCAAUCAAUUCCUGGGUCUAAAAAAGGGGCAUCUAUGAAUCUGAUGUCAGGUGAUGGUUUUGAAGGUAAUGCAAUAAUGGAUAAGCAGGGUAAGAAAGAUCAGAGCCGGAGUAGUUGCCAACAUAGUAGUUUAAAAACUCCACAACAAUGCUCAUCAACAAGAAAUUGUUCCAACUUCACACCGCUACUGAAUUUUGAAGUUAGUUUUGCAAUGGAAGGCCCAAGAAAAUCAAGGACAGCUAGAUUCAAGAAAAUAUAAAAUGAUCAAUACAAUGAGGGUGUCUCACCUGUUAAAAACGUCCCUUGAUUUCAACCUCCAGGAUGUGGAUGAAUUACUGCAGUGGAAUGGAUUGAGAAGCGAAAAAUGCUUGGAGCCAUGGCGGUAGCAUAAAAGUGUGUAAUCUAUUCUUGACAUUCCAUUGCAAACAGAGGCAGCUUUGCAGAUCUUUCUUUCAUUUGACUAGGAAAAUGUCUCUUUCUCAACACGGUCCCAACUAGUUGAUUCAAAAUCCCCCCUUCAUGUACAUGUUGCUAGCUGCAAUGAAGUAAAAACUAACUCCUUAAACCACCACUAUCCUGUUUUAUAGGCUUUUCUGUAAGGUUAUUUGAAAAUCAUUUGUAAAUAUAAAUUUUCCACAGUUCAUGAGAAAUGGCAUUCCAUAUACACGCUGCAGAUUGAUAA